GCGAGAUCCCGUACACACCCCGCCGGCACCACGAGGAACACAUGACACUAGGCACGAGUCUUCUUACCGCCGCAGCCGAGAUACCAGGACUCUGCAGGAGCGAUGACCGCCGCCGGGACCCUGCUGGCCGCCUGCCUGCUGGCCGCCUGCCUCAUGGCGAGCGCCGAGGACAAGUACCCGGACCGCUACGACAACAUGAGCGUGGAGGAGGUGCUGGACAACGAGCGCGCCUACCGCCGCUACCUGGACUGCCUGUUGGACCGCGGCGUGUGUCCUCCGGCCGGCAAGGACCUCAAAGAGCACAUCCGCGACGCCAUGAGCUCGAAGUGCAGCAUGUGCACCGACGCCCAGAAGGAGAAGCUGCACAAGGCGUUCCUCUACAUGGAGGAGAAGAAGGCGGAUGAUCUGCAGACCCUCCUGGACCACUACGGCACCGACAAGAAGAUGCGAGACGACUUCAUCAAGUUCGUCAAGUCCAUCAAGUCCACGGACUGAGGUCCGCCUGUUCCACAACACCUCGCGGACUUCCUUCGAGCGGACUGGACACUGUAGCAAACAUACUCGUGCAUUCAAUAAACAAGUGAUUCACACCAAAAAUAAAA